CGCCCCGCCUCGCCUAGGAGACGGCCGCGCGAGGAGCCGAGCCGAGCCGGCCGCGCUCGUCGCUGCCGGUGCGGCUGCUCGUACCACAUAGCGGGCGCCGCCGGCCAGCGGUCAGAGAGUGCGUGCUUCCUUACCGCACGCACAGCUUGUGUUUGGCCGAGUGGGGUCUGCCGCCGGGGAUUGAGGAUGGGGAAGUAGCUGCAGGAGACGACCUCGCAGCACCGAGGGUUUUCUGGUGGCGUGAAAAGGAUUAGAAAUGAACCCAAACCAUUCACAGAUUAACAUUUUGGGAAAAAAUUCAUGAUACCUGUUUCACCUUUGGAGUAAUGUGGACAGAAGUUCUCAGAUUUGCAUAUUACAUCAACCGGAACCAGUGGCAUUAUCUUAAUGUUCACUUGAGUCAGAACUUGUACAAGAAAAACAAUGGGAGUCUGGUUAAAUAAAGAUGACUAUCUCAGAGACUUGAAAAGGGUCAUGCUCUGUUUUCUAAUAGUGUAUAUGGCCAUUUUAGUGGGUACAGAUCAGGAUUUUUACAGUUUACUUGGUGUAUCCAAAACUGCAAGCAGUAGAGAAAUAAGACAGGCUUUCAAGAAAUUGGCAUUGAAGCUACAUCCUGAUAAAAACCCGAAUAACCCAGAUGCACAUAGUGAUUUUUUGAAAAUAAACAGAGCAUAUGAAGUACUAAAAGAUGAAGAUCUGCGGAAAAAGUAUGACAAAUAUGGAGAAAAGGGACUUGCAGAUAAUCAAGGAGGCCAGUAUGAAAGCUGGAAUUAUUAUCGUUAUGAUUUUGGUAUUUAUGACGAUGAUCCUGAAAUCAUUACAUUGGAUAGAAGAGAAUUUGAUGCUGCUGUUAAUUCUGGAGAACUGUGGUUUGUGAACUUCUACUCCCCAGGGUGUUCACACUGCCAUGAUUUAGCUCCCACAUGGAGAGACUUUGCUAAAGAAGUAGAUGGAUUGCUUCGAAUUGGAGCUGUUAACUGUGGCGAUGAUAGAAUGCUUUGCCGAAUGAAAGGAGUGAACAGUUAUCCCAGCCUCUUCAUUUUUAGGUCUGGAAUGGCUGCAGUGAAAUACCAUGGUGACAGAUCAAAGGAAAGUUUAGUGAAUUUCGCCAUGCAGCAUGUUAGAAGCACAGUGACAGAAUUGUGGACAGGAAAUUUUGUUAACUCCAUACAAACUGCGUUUGCUGCUGGUAUUGGCUGGCUGAUCACUUUUUGUUCCAAAGGAAGAGAUUGUUUGACUUCACAGACACGUCUCAGGUUAAGUGGGAUGUUGGAUGGUCUUGUUAAUGUAGGAUGGAUGGACUGUGCCACCCAGGACAACCUUUGUAAAAGUUUGGACAUUACAACAAGUACUACUGCAUAUUUUCCUCCUGGAGCCACUUUAAAUAACAAAGAGAAAAGUGGUAUUUUGUUUCUUAAUUCAUUGGAUGCUAAAGAAAUAUAUUUGGAAAUAAUGCAUAACCUUCCAGAUUUUGAACUACUUUCGGCAAACACACUAGAGGAUCGUUUGGCUCAUCAUCGGUGGCUCUUAUUUUUUCAUUUUGGAAAAAAUGAAAAUUCAAAUGAUCCUGAGUUGAAGAAACUAAAAACUCUACUUAAAAAUGAACAUAUUCAAGUUGGCAAGUUUGACUGUUCCUCUGCACCAGACAUCUGUAGUAAUCUCUAUGUUUUUCAGCCAUGUCUAGCAGUAUUUAAAGGACAAGGAACUAAGGAAUUUGAAAUUCAUCACGGAAAGAAGAUUCUUUAUGAUAUACUUGCCUUUGCCAAAGAAAGUGUUAAUUCUCAUGUUACCACACUGGGACCUCAGAAUUUUCCUGCCAAUGACAAAGAACCAUGGCUAGUUGAUUUUUUUGCCCCUUGGUGUCCACCAUGUCGAGCUUUAUUGCCAGAGUUACGAAAAGCAUCAAAGCAUCUUUACGGUCAGCUUAAGUUUGGUACAUUAGAUUGUACAGUUCACGAGGGACUCUGUAACAUGUAUAACAUUCAGGCUUAUCCAACAACAGUGGUAUUCAACCAGUCCAACAUUCAUGAAUAUGAAGGACAUCACUCUGCUGAACAGAUCUUGGAGUUCGUAGAGGAUCUUAUGAAUCCUUCAGUGAUCUCCUUGACACCCACCACUUUCAAUGAACUAGUUAAACAAAGAAAACAUGACGAAGUCUGGAUGGUUGAUUUCUAUUCUCCAUGGUGUCAUCCGUGUCAAGUCUUAAUGCCAGAAUGGAAAAGAAUGGCCCGGACAUUAACUGGACUGAUCAAUGUGGGCAGUAUAGACUGCCAACAAUAUCAUUCUUUUUGUUCCCAAGAAAAUGUUCGGAGAUACCCUGAGAUAAGAUUUUUUCCCCCAAAAUCAAAUAAAGCUUAUCAAUAUCAUAGUUACAAUGGUUGGAAUAGGGAUGCUUAUUCCCUAAGAAUCUGGGGUCUAGGAUUUUUACCUCAAGCAUCUAUAGAUCUAACACCUCAGACUUUCAAUGAAAAAGUUUUACAAGGGAAAAACCAUUGGGUGGUUGAUUUCUAUGCUCCUUGGUGUGGACCUUGCCAAAACUUUGCUCCAGAGUUUGAGCUCUUGGCUAGGAUGAUUAAAGGAAAAGUGAAAGCUGGAAAAGUAGACUGUCAAGCUUAUGCUCAAACCUGCCAGAAAGCUGGUAUCAGAGCCUAUCCAACUGUUAAAUUUUAUCCUUAUGAAAGGGCAAAGAGAAAUACUUGGGGAGAGCAAAUAGAUUCCAGAGAUGCAAAAGAGAUUACUACCUUAAUAUAUGAAAAAUUGGAAAACCUCCAAAAUCAUGGAAAGAGAAAUAAGGAUGAACUUUAAUGAUGUUGAAAAUGAAGAAAAAAAUUGAAAAGAAAUUGACAGAUGAUGUCAGAAGCCACCUUUUCAGAAUGUUACUAUGUUCUGGAUGGGAAUAAAUGAACAUUACCUUGGACUUGUAAUUGCACUGCUUGAAUUCUGUACAACAUUAAUAUAAAUGAAGGGUCUGCAGACUUUUUCUGUAAAGGGCCAGAUUGUAAAUACUUUAGGCUUUGUAGACCAUAGAUGGUUCUUUGUCACAUAUUCUGUUUUUAUUUUGUUUACAACUCUUUAAAACAUGUAAAAACCAUUCUUAGUCUCAAGGCUAUACACAAAUAGGCCACAAGCCACAUUCAGCCCGUGGGUCACAGAUUGCUGACCCACAGAAAGAUGUUUAGGCUGGCUGGCUCAAACAUGAGCCUGCCCUAUGAUCUACGUACAUGCUAAGUUAUACAAAGUGUACUUUAUCAAUUCAAGUUUUGUGGCUGGCCUGAAAAGAGAACUUGGUUUUCAGUCACCUGUUCUCCUAAAAAAAUCUCUGAAAUUAUCUGACCAUGUAUUUCAUUUAAAAAACAUACUCAAAAUGUGGGAAAGUAAACAGAUACCCUAUUUUCAUGCUGUAUUAUAGUGAAGAGAUUCAUUUUCUUUCCUUUUCUAAAGGUUGAAGAAUUGGUUUUAAUUUUUCACAUAUGAGAAAAAAUUUUUAUAACAAAGUAAACAAAUCCUAUUGAUUUCUAUAGUAUCCAUAUAUACCUGAGGGGGAAAAAAUAUUUAUAGCAAUUAACUGGGCAUUGUAGAGUAUCCCAAAUAUUUCUAUAUUUUAAAGAUAUGUGUUCAUUUAUUUUCUGAAUUGCUUUCAUAAUGUUUUCCCUGUGAUGGUUAUUGAUUUUUGAAGCAUCUUUCUAAUAUUUGUUUUUGACUUCUGGACUUUGUUUUGAUGCAUAUCCUUUAUUUACAUUUGCCUUUUUUCCUUCAUGGUUUUGGUUUUUCACUUUUGUCCAAUCUUUUAUUAUUCAAGAAGGAAAAAUUAACUUUGUAGAUUUGUUUCCCUAAAGCUCAUAAUGAUGCUGUGUUUAUUCCAAUUAUUUACUGUUGGAGGCUGCCAUUUUCAGAUAAAUAUUGGCCUAACAACUGAAGUUAAUUUUGUAAGAAAAUCAAGUAUAAAAAUUUAAGGAUGGGGUCUUUUAGUUUCUUAAUUGUUCAGGCUCAAAGAAUCCAAAUUUUUUUUCCUUGCACGUUAACAAAACAUUGUAACAUGUAGUUAUUUAGUUAUAAUUCAGAGUGUAUGGAAUGGUAAAAAUCCCAAUUGAUCAAAAGAGGUCAACAGAUUUUUUUCAAAACUUAAGUUUUCCCAAAAACCUAUUUGAAUCAUGCUUUAUUAUGUUGGGAGAAUUUUGUUUUUUUGUUUGUUUUGUUUUUACCCCAUUCCCCAAAAUUUCCUCAUAAAGGUUAAUUUAUAACUGCAAUUUAUCCAAAAAGUACUCUAUUUUUUUUUCAUUUUCAAGUCUAACCCUAUUCUUCACAUUCUCUCCCAUAUUGUUUCUUGUGUAUCUUUUAACUUCUUAUCUUGAAUUCCACUUUACACAUGUGGGCACACACAGAAGAGUCACCACUUCUAACCUUAAUUUUAUACCACCUUUUUUACUUAUGAUCAGUAAUGGCAAGUGCCUUUCAUUUAUUAAAUUUUCAAAGCCUAGAAGAUUUUCAAAAUUGGCUUGUUUCUACAAGAAUUCCAAAAUGGAAUGCCUGAAGAAGUUUUGGUAAAUAUUUACUGAACUUGUACCAGUUAUGAGAGUACCGCUAUGCUGGACACAGAGAAGUGUGCAAAAGUAAACUAAACCCAAGGCUUAGUCCCUGUCUCCCUAGUGUCUGUAAAUUCACAAUUCUGACAUGGGACCCAUAAACAAGCUUAUAGAUACCUGCACUAUUGCCUAUAAAUAGAAUGCCAAACUUACUGGUUGAGAAAUAUCUUAGGCAGUAAAUGAAAUAGUAAUUAUGUAUCCUGUAACUGGGCCAAGGUAUGUGCCUGUAGAAUCAGCUCAAAAGCCAGGGUGACCUGGGAGACAUGUUAAGUAACAUGUAGCAUAAAAGUAACAUGCAUCAGAAUUUUUCACAAUCAUGUCAGUAUCAUUGGGUAUUUAAAAACUGCUGACAGGAUUAAAGGUUCUAACGGCCACAUUAGUGCAGUAGAGCACCUCUAGAGUACCAGGUAAAACACGGCAUUUUUCUCAGCAACACCAUUUUUGUGUGCAGCUAGCCUUGGGUAACACAGCACCAUUUCUCACAGACCAGAGUGCAUUCUAUCAGGCAGCUAGACUUGAAAAUUAGAGGUUUAAUGUGGUUAUGUGAAACUGUUGGGAAUGUGUGUUUGGGGCAUUAAUGAUGCUUGCCUGUUCUAGUUUCCCAAAUUUUAUUUAAUGUCUUUCAUAUCUUUUUCAUUUUAAGGAUAUGGUUAAGAUUUUAAAAUAAAAUAACUACUUCAAAAUAA